AAUUUAUAACUAAUAUUAUAUUAGUAGUAGCUAAUAAUAUCACACACCAACCAGCAGAAGAUUUGCCACGAUAUAUAUGUUGUUUAGGUGUGUUAUUUAAGGGUUAUUAAGUCGUAAAACCUGUUAGCUCGGGGUUAACUGCACAUAAACUCAAAGAAGCAGUAGAUGGUCCAAGAAUGAGCUCCAGUCGUUUGAACUUCCCUCCUGGGGGUAGUUCACGGAUUAAUUCAGCAUGUGACCACGAGGCUCUGCAGCCGUAACUUCAGCCCUCUCACAUGCUCUCCUCUUCCAGGCAGCAACGUUAGCUGACUGGCUGCAGCUAGCAGUCAGAUCGGGCACUUUAUUUAUUACUCUGGCUACCUGUCUCUCGUCCCUAACGAUAGCAGCGAACCAUAGGUUUGAGAUUGAUUUGCCAGUUGGUUUCGACUGAUCUGCACAAUCGUGUACUGCUGAUUCUUUCUCCAGCUGGCUUCCCUCAUCACAAGCACAUAGCCCUGAAGAUGGACGAGGCAUUCCUGACAGUCAACAAUGAGUUGGACACUGAGGUGGUGGUGUCCUGGAUGUCAGAGCGCUGCUACCAGUGUUUGUACCAGCAGCUCGGGGUGGUACCUGCAGGGUCCAGUCCUGGCCAGCCCGGUUCAGUAGACUUUGUUGUGAGCACACAGCAUGAAAUUACACUACAGCUCAACAGCACUCCUGUCAACCUGGAGCUCUGCACGGUUCCAUUCCACUUUGGGGAGCAUGGGAACUACUCUGUGUGGGUGAAAAACCUGAAUGACUCGUCAGUGGUGAACUGCUCCCUAGUGACCCAUGCAGACCCCGUCAACAGCUACAUACCGAUCUUGGUAGCUUUCCUUAUCUUUGCUGGACUGGCCUUGGUUUCUGCUAUUGGGAAAACAAUAUUAGGGCUGGAUGCCGUGAAGGCUAUCCUCUUCCGAAUUAGCGGCACCAUGGAGACAGAGAGGCUCAUCAACUCUGAGCUGGGAUCCCCGGGCAGGACAGGGGCACCAGUUACUGACAACAUCCUCCCUCCACCACCCAGCCCCAGCAAGAGGCUGCGAUCUCUGGACACAUUCAGAGGUAUCUCCUUGGUCAUUAUGGUGUUUGUGAACUAUGGAGGGGGAAGAUACUGGUUCUUUAGACACGAAAGUUGGAAUGGCCUUACUGUUGCAGAUCUAGUCUUUCCUUGGUUUGUGUUCAUAAUGGGGACAUCCAUCGCCCUGUCAAUGAACGCCAUGCUCCGUGCAGGCUCGACCCGCCGCUCAUUGCUGGUGAAAAUUCUUUGGAGGAGCCUGCAACUCUUCAUCAUUGGUGUCUUUAUCAUCAACCCAAACUACUGCCAGGGACCAUUAUCUUGGAACAACCUGCGGAUCCCAGGAGUGUUGCAGCGCCUGGCCUGGUCAUACCUAGCUGUAGCCUGCCUGGAUCUGUUGGUGGCGAGAGGUCAUCUUGAUGUCAUUCCAACGGAUGCUUGGUGGUCUCCUGGUCUUGACAUCUUGCUGUACUGGCCGGCCUGGUUGUGUGUGCUUCUCUUAGAAAUGAUCUGGCUCUUCCUCACUUUUGCACUUCCUGUACCAGGUUGCCCAACCGGCUAUCUGGGUCCAGGUGGGAUUGGGGACAUGGGCCUGUAUGCUAACUGCACCGGUGGAGCGGCUGGUUUCCUUGAUCGAUGGCUGCUUGGAGAAAACCACAUCUACCAGACACCUUCGUCACGGGUGAUCUAUGCAACUCAUAUGCCAUAUGAUCCGGAAGGUGUUCUUGGCAGCAUCAACUCUAUCCUCAUGGCUUUUCUUGGAUUACAGGCAGGAAAAAUAAUCUUACACUACAGAGAUCUCCACACAAGUAUAAUGUCAAGAUUCCUUAUAUGGGGUCUCGUAUUGGGAGUCAUAUCAGCAGUUCUGACCAAGUGUUCCACAGACCAGGGCUUCAUUCCUGUCAACAAGAAUCUAUGGUCUCUGUCCUAUGUGACAACACUGGCCUGUUUUGCUUAUGUGCUGCUAGUGCUGGUCUACUACACAGUGGAUGUGAAGAAGUGGUGGUCUGGAGCACCUUUCUACUACCCUGGUAUGAACUCCAUCCUUGUGUACGUGGGCCAUGAAGUGUUUGAGGAGUACUUCCCCUUCCGCUGGCAAAUGGCAAACAGCCAAUCCCACACAGAGCACCUCACCCAGAACCUCGUGGCUACUUCCUGUUGGGUCUUUAUCUCCUAUGUGCUCUACAGAAAAAAGAUAUUCUGGAAAAUUUAGAAGUGAGCCAGACAACAAUACCAGAGGACAUUGUUUACAUCUGAAUUGCUGGAGUUCUGAAAUCAUUUGGAAAGCGGGAAACAGGAGACUGAUUGAUUUUGUCAAAACUAUGUUGAUUCUCUGUCUCUGAACAUAUAUGGGUUUUUUCUUUUAAAUACCGUUUUUUUGUUUUGUUUUUCAGUGUUAUCAAUUUUUAGCUACUACUUUAUAGGACCAAAAUGUUUAAAGGCUCAGAUAUGAAGCAACUGACCCCUGCCAAAUAUCUUAACUGACUCAGGAAGAACUUGUCCAAGAAUAGUUUUAGCACUUGAGAACUAUGAAGACCGACGUCCAUCUGUUGUUCGACUGUGUGUUAUAGAUGCUGGUUUUCAUUCCUCAUAUAACAGCAGCGGGGUGUUACAGUAGUGGUUUAACAAGCCCUUGUGGACUUCCCCUUGGGAGAAUCCCUUACUGCCAUCUUAAGCACUGUUUCAUUACUCUGAAAAAUGAAGUGGGUUUUUUGUGAAAUUGACUCUUCAAGAGCCACAGAGGAAAAAGGCUACCAAGAAUGAUUGUGAUCUUUUGUCAUUUCGGAAGUGAUAUCUCAACAAGGGGAAACAGUAUGUAGGGGUUUUGAAAUAUGAAAGUUAAACUUCAAUAUGUCAUUCCUCAGUUGUCUGUGCAGUUUAAUCAUUGUUUAUUAUUCUCAGUGUGUAGGCUUGCUGAAGUGCAAGUGUUUUCCAUUGGCAAUCCUCUGCUCCCCCUCCCUCAGCAAGUGCCCAGUUUGACAUAUGAUGCUUCGUGUUACCAAGGGGAAGUGAAGAAGGUCAUGUCAGAUGACUAUUGAAACCAACUGGAGGUUGCUUGUUUGGCAUUUUGUUAAAUUCAAAGCAUGCAUGAAUGUUUCUUUUUGAUUAGGUUUUCAAAAGGAGAAGUCACAGAACUCCCCCUUUCAGCACUGGCAGAAAUGAUUUUCCUUGCUUUUGCCAAAAGCUGGUUAUUUUUGGGUCGCCAUUUUUUCACAUUUUGUCAAAUGUGUCAUGAAUUUUGAAAGAAAUCUGUUCAACUGUAUGUUGCCCGAGUACAGUAGUUUAAUUGUGAGAACAAAAUGAGAAAAUAUAUAUUUGAUGAUGUUUUAUCUCACCAUAAAACUGGCGCCAUUACACCCUAACUGUGCCACUUCUACAAUUGACGGUUAACAUAAAUAAUACUUUUAUUAACACGUUUUGCUAAAUUAUAUGUUCAGUCUAUAAGACUAUCCGAAUGCUGUUUGAGAUUUUGGAGCAAUUGUUCAUCUAGUAAUAUCUAAAUUGAUGAAAUUCAUUUAGUUAAACUUUUAUACAUUUAUUUUUUUAUAUUCACCAUGUGACUUUGUUGAUGUAAUAAAACAUAUUCCAAAAUAUUAUUACUGUUCAC